AUGCGCAGGUUAAUGGAAAUUGUUCUGCGCAUGCGCAAAACUCAAGAACAAGAUGGCGGUGGCGACUGCGAUGACCGGGGAACAGGUUUGGAGGUGUCGCCAGCUGGUUUGCUGAAGGUUCUGCUGAACUGGGCCGAACCAGUAACUCUAUCCCAAGAAGAUAUUGCUAUGGUUCAUAGCCAUAACCAUAAGCAAGCGAAAGAUAUUGAGCUAGGAGACUCAGCAAAUAACAGGACAGUGCUAUACAGGGCUAACCGGGAAACAGCGUUUGUUCACGCAAUCAGCUCCGCCGGGGUCAUGUACACAUUGACGCGAAACUGCAGCCUUGGGGACUUUGACAAUUGUGGCUGUGACGAUUCUCGCAAUGGACAGUUUGGAGGCCAAGGAUGGCUGUGGGGAGGCUGCAGUGACAACGUGGGCUUUGGGGAAGCCAUUUCCAAGCAGUUUGUGGAUGCCCUUGAAACAGGGCAGGAUGCCAGAGCAGCCAUGAAUCUGCACAACAAUGAAGCCGGCCGAAAGGCAGUGAAAGGGACUAUGAAGAGAACCUGCAAGUGUCAUGGGGUUUCGGGCAGCUGCACCACCCAGACCUGCUGGCUACAACUCCCCGAGUUUCGAGAAGUGGGGACAUACCUGAAGGAGAAAUACCACAAAGGACUGAAAGUAGACAUACUGAAAGGGGUGGCCAACAGCGCUGCGAGCCGAGGCGCCAUAGUGGAAACCUUCAGCUCAAUCUCCAAAAAGGAACUGGUCCACUUGGAAGACUCCCCUGACUACUGCUUGGAGAACAAGACUUUGGGCCUCUUGGGUACGGAAGGCCGGGAGUGUCUGAAGAGGGGCAAGGCCCUGAGUAAGUGGGAGAAACGGAGCUGCCAGCGGCUGUGUGGAGACUGUGGGUUGGCUGUGGAGGAGCAGCGAGCAGAAAUGGUGUCGAGCUGCAACUGCAAGUUCCACUGGUGUUGUGCAGUCCGUUGUGAGCAGUGCCGCAAACGUGUCACCAAGUAUCACUGCGUCCGCAAGGAGAAGGGAGAGCAGCAUGGCGUCAAUCUGCCCCCACGCAAGCUCAGGAGGAAGCAGCCUUAG